AUGAAGAGAGCUAACAGCUUGACCAAGAAGCUCCUCAGCUGGUGGCAUUACUUGCCGACAGCGUGGAUCCAUUUCGUGGUAGUCGAGUGCUCCGCCGUAUGGGCAGCGCUUGGGUCGUGGGUGGUCUUGAUCGGCCAAAUCCAAACAACCACGUCGAUUGGGAACGUCGUCCAGGAUGUAGCCCAGAAGUAUUUCAUAUCCUUGUUUUUCUUGGGUUUCACCGGGGAGCAGAGUGCGCUUUUCAGUGGCGUUAAGGAUCCGUAUUUCAUCGAUGAUCCGGAAGAAACUCCGAUCAAAUGGUUUGCGACUUACCAGGACAAGGACGAUUGUACGAGCCAGUUGAAACAGUGUACACUCGUGCUCCCAGCAACUUCGUUGAAAUUUUUGUCUGCGAAUUUCGUCUGGCUGCUCCUCGCUUGGGCCCUGCCCUUUACCGCGGCGCUGCUUGUCUUCUACAAACUAUUCUGCCUUGCACGGAGCGGGAUCUGGAGCUUUGAGACCCUUGCGUAUUUAGAAUUCACGGAACACAUGUAUGCAAGCAUGCAGUACAAAGUCAUGAGUGCAUUGAUGGCAGUCAGCCCGAUAGGACUCAUUGUGUUAUGGGUCGCGCAAAUAGUGAUCUUCCAGUUGAGCAACCAGUUGGAUGCGCUCAUUGCCAGCAUCCCAGCACUCGGCGUUCUAAUUAUCGCAAUCAAGACCAUAUGUAUACCAUGGGUACGCGGCCAGCGGUUCCAUGAACAUGGCGACAUUCACGAAGUCUUGAGUCUUCGAGUGAAGCGCCCGAUCAUGCAUAUCAACCCAGCUAACGCAAGCGCGCACAACGCCAUAUGGUCGUUGAACAUUAUGCGGGCACUCCUGUUGGCGAAGUUGGGACGCUACGAUGUGAUGAAGGAGUAUAUGUUCGUUGAUUGGGAUGCGGACGAGGAAAUGUCCGAUGAGGAAUGCAGGCGGGUGGUCAGUAUCUGCGAGUCGGCACUUACGAAAGACGCAGUUGCAGUUGGUGCUCCCUCGGACUCCGAUAGUAGCACUGAUGAGUCCUUCCUUCGUUGA